AUGUCCCACGGAAAGCAGUUCACGCUAUAUUCGCAUGGUUUGGGACCGAACGGGUGGAAAGUCGUCUUUGUUUUGGAGGAGCUUGGAUUGAGCUAUGAAAGCAAAUAUCUUAAAUUCGACAAGCUUGAACAUAAAUCUCUGGAGCACACAAAGUACAACCCGAACGGACGUAUACCCACUUUGAUCGACCACUGGAACAAUGACUUUACCAUCUGGGAAUCUAAUGCAAUCAUAGUGUAUCUCGUGGAGAAGUAUGACGAAAAUCACAAGAUCUCUGUCCCAGAUUUCAACGAGAAGAUGGCCCAGUUGCAGUGGCUGUUUUUCCAGUCGUCCGGUCAAGGACCAUAUUUCGGCCAGGCCGGAUGGUUUAGACUGUUCCACCCGAAGAAAAUUCCCAGCGCCAUAGAGCGUUACCAGAAGGAGAUCAUUCGUGUCUUGGGAGUCCUGGAAAGCGUACUCUCUAAGCAGGAAUGGCUCGUCGGUGGCAAGUGUACCAUCGCAGAUCUGUCCUUUGUCAUAUGGAACCAUGUUGCAGUCACAAGCCUAGCGGUGGAUUACAACGAAUUUGACUUCGAGAAGGAUUUCCCUGCGGUACACAGGUGGCAUUCCGCAAUGUGCUCCAGAGAGUCGGUGUGCAAUGCUUUGUCUUUGCGGGACAGUCUGGUGGCCUCAGGACAGUGA